ACAACGUUAUGCCUUUUUGUUUUUGUCUUCUCUUGUACAUUUGUUGAAGUAAUAUAAUAUCUCACAAUAAAUUUUAUAAACUCUGCUGCCCACAAAAAUUGCAUGUAUUGUAUAAAUGAUGCUUUUCCAAUAUGAUGCAGUUUAUGAUCGUAAAUGAGGAAGUAAAUAAAAACCGGAACAUAAAAGCAUGUAAUCACUGAAUUUAUAAGAAUACUUGUCCUGAUAGGAUUCACGGAUGUUCCAGACAUUGGAAAUAACUGAAUUUUAUACACUUGCACUUGAAUAUCAAUUUAUCAAUUAAUACUUCAUACACAUUUUAUGAAAAGCAGUUAAGAAUUUUAUUGUUGCUAUUUGCUCUUUAUCUUGGUUAUAAUGUGCUUAAUAUAAUUUUUAUUGUAACUAAUUGCUGUUCGUAAUCAACAAGAUUUACUAAUUUAUUAUGUAGGUUAUUUUCUAUCUUUUUUCAUAUAUAUUAUUGUCCUUCACUAUGGUAAUUGUCUUGAUACUUCAUUUAAACUUUUUGUAAACCUUCUAUUAUAUCAACCUUGUUGAAUGGUAACACUCCUUUCGAAAAAUAAAUAAAAUAGUUUAUUUUGUCUAGUGUUGAAUGUACUUUAAUCAACGGCUUGGCAAUUAAUAAAUAUGCUUAACAAAUUAUUUGUUACGUCCCUGCCUUUGUAUUUUUGUUUUUAUCAAAUUCAAGGUCUCCUGAAAUACUAGUGUGAACUGAAAUAAAUAUUAAAACAGAAAGGUCGGUGAAAUGAAGAAGCAUAAAAUGAUAGCAAAAUGUUGUCCCAAGUGUGAACAGCAGGUUCCUGUGGCCUGCAAAACGUGCCGAUGUGGCUAUUUAUUUUUUAAUGCUAGAAGAAAUUCACGCACUUCUUCCACUAGUGAAGAUUUAAGAAGAACUCAACGAAUUAGAAGAGAAAAGCCAAAUUAUUAUGACGCUUUAGAAUACGAUAAACAAACUAGAAAGAUGAGGCAAAGAAAUAGUGAAUGUGAAAAUGACGAUGAUAAGAAAGAAACGAAAACAAAGAAAAGAAAACAAAAGAAGGAAGAGGAAGAAGAAGAUGAAGUCACUGCUCAUUUGUCUCCAGAGAAACAACAGCACUGUUCAAUAAUUUUAGAAGAAUUAAACACUAAACUUCAACUAGUGGGUUGGAAACCUACUUAAAAAAGAUUAUUAAUUUAUUUUUAUUACAUUAAGUCAUUAAUGGUAUAAAAGCUAUUCAUUUUGUUACUAUAUUGUAUUCUGUUUUUAUUAACAAUAAAAAAUUACCAAGUA